UUGAGUCAGUCAGUCACGUAAACACAAGUCAAGUGCGCGGAACAUGUUCAUCCUAACGGUAAUUUGUCUUAGCCUGGGCUUUGUGGUGGCCCUCCUAAGCCUGGCCAUGUUGCUCUUAAGCCGCAAAUCCAUGCUAAUCUUUGGCAAAUAUCCUUGCAAGGGAGUCUUUUACUGGUUGAAAUAUGGCAUUGCAUUGCUUGUGCUGCGCCAGCUGCGAUAUCGCAUCUAUAAGCGGAAUGAGGAGCUGCUCAGCUCGCCGGAGCAUUUGGCCACAUUGGAUCGCCCGCAGCCGUUGACAAGUGAUCCCAAGAGCUAUGAUGUGGUUAGCUUUUUGGCUGCCAAUGCAGCUGGACAAAAACUGAUGGUGACGCUGGAGCGGCGCAGACUGGGAGUGCUCAAGGUGGCACUGUAUCUCUGGCUACCCGGCGAGGGAUUGUACUGUUCCCCCAAGCUGCCCGACAUGGUGCACUUCACGACCGAUGGAAACGAGGAGAGCAGCGAAUUUCAAGGUGCCGGCUUUCACAUAUAUCCGGAGCAAUCCAUGCGCAGCUGGCGACUCAAAUACAGUGGACAGCUGCGUCACACAAUGGAGAUGGAGACGGAACAGGAAACAGAGAUAAAGGAGCAACAGUUGCUGAGCGUUCAGCUCGAUCUAAAUUUCAACAGCUCAUCGGAUCAUUUCAAUUAUAAUCGUGAUCUCAGCUCAUCGCUGAUUGCAGACUCUAUAGCACGUGAGGCGUGGAACGAUAGCUUCUAUAGCAUGCUCAAGAGUGUCGGUCACAUUGUGGAGAAGCGCACACACUACGAACAGAGUGGAGAGCUGGACGGGAGCAUUGUCCUGGGAGAACGUCGUCUGGAGCUGCAUUUGCGCGGCUUUCGGGAUCACAGUUUCGGGACAGAGCGUUGCCUCAGCUCCAUCAAUCGUUAUGUUUACUUUGCUCUGCUCCUGGACGACGGCAGCAGCAUGGUCGUUGGCAAUCUCAGUCAGCCAUCAUUCUUCCUGUCCUCCCUUAAGAUGGGCUAUGUUUGUACGCCGAAAGGCAUCUAUCAGCCCAUAACGGCCAGCAAUUUUGAGCUCUACUCCUAUGGUGAGAAGGGUACGCCGCCCCAGCAUCAAAACUUCAUAGUCCACACCGAGGAGCAUAAGUAUUUGGUCCAAAUACGUGUGGAGCACAGCGCUGUACGCUAUGUAGGAGGCGAUUGGGAGUCCAAGGUGUUCAAUCAGUUUGUUGCAUGCACCGUCAAUGGGAUCGGGGGACAGGGACAUGCCGAGUAUCUCUACAGGAACAACACUGGCAGACCCGAUACGGUGUCCACCCAGGAUCCUCAGUGGUAUCAGCGCAUCAAACGCUUCGAGCGGAGUCUAAGUAAUCUGGAUCUUGUCAACGAAGAAGAUUUCAUUUUCUAGAUUCUACAAUUUGAAAAAUCAAAUUCAUAAGAACUAUCUUAGAACAUACUUAUAUGUGAUACACGAUUUUCCUUUUUUUUUCCUUAAGUGUUCAAUAAAUAAAUUUAGUUAACGUAUAUCAAAAUA